UCCAAGAUGGCGGAUAGCCAUAAUGAAAGUGAAAAUACUCUUCAAUGAAGAAAAUUGAUUUUCUUUCAUUUUGAAGAAAUACAAGUCAUAUAUUCUGGAUUAAUUCGAUUCCACAUUGAUUGCAAACCACAUUGCACACAUUCAAAAUGUGUGACGUUUGCUCUGAUGUCCUUGUCAUCCUAGCAAAUUUUGACUAUCGAAGUCAGAAUGGAGGAUUUCAUAUGGACAAAAAGGAAAUCCUGUCUUUUGUAUUGUUUGGAUGUCUUUGGCCCCAAAGGCAAUGUAUGUGCUGCUUCAAAGAUUUCCGAAACUUUGAGAAACUGAACAGUAUGGUUCAAGACACUGUAAGUGUGGCCAUACGUCUCAUUCAAACCCUGCCAGAGGAUAAUGAGAAGGAGUUGAGGAUAAAAGAAGAUCCGAGCACAGUAACAGUAGACAAAGAAAGCGCAAUAGAUGACAAGAAGGAGCCGGAUAAGGAGAAGCAGCUGACGGGAGAAGAGGCCGGGAGUGGGGUUGAUGAUCAACCAAUGGAUAGAGAGGAGGAGGAAGAGGAGAGAGAUGACUGGACAAUGGAUGAGAAAGAUAAACUCCUGCAGUUCAUAACUAAAGUGUUCCUCAUGAACUUCCCCUCAUACAUAGCCUACAAACAUGUUGUGCAUUCGUCACUCGAGGAACUGUCCCAGCAAGAGACAAGUGCAUUGAACAAUUACUGUGAAGUGUCUGAUCCUGAGGUUCCCUUGUUCCUGUUGCGCAAUGUGUGUUUCUUUUGUGAUACGAACGGCAUCGGUGCUCUCAAACUCUGCUUCGAGAAGGCGUCCCCGGAGACCCUGCCAUUCAACUUUGCUCACACACUUAUAAAUCUGAUUGCAAAUCUACGUCUAUGGAUGAACAUACCAACUGUGAUGCAAUACAUUGUUCCACUUAGAACAGCUGUGAUAAGAUAUAUGUGCAAACUAUCAGAUAAGGACCUGCGUAUGGCAGGAAACCGCAACAUGACAGACCUGAUGUGGGCGGCAGUGAAGGAACCACUCGAGACCCACUUCCAGUUUGACCGGGACGGACUCGACCUCGCGUUCAAAUAUUUCACAUGUUCAACGUUGACGAUAAGACUGGCGGGAAUUAACCAGAUAAAUAAUCAGAUCACGUUGUACAAUGAUAGCUGUAACAAUGAAACUCUCAUGGAUGCAGAAAGAUAUACGUCACAGGGGGAAAUGAGGUCUUCAGGUGCAUGCACAAAUAUCGGUGCACAACAGGGGGAAGGAAGACAGCUUGCAAAGUGGCUGAUAGACAGCAAGAUAAUUGAGCACAUAUUUGGCCCAAAUCUUCAUAUUGAGUUAAUCAAGCAGAGCCAGAUUAUCCUGAAUUUCCUGGCUAUGGAAGGGCAAAUCACCAAUGAACACAUUGACUGCAUUUGGGCAGCAGCUCAGUUGAAGCAUUGUGGGAAGCAGGUGUUUGAGUCUGUGAUACCUCUAAUCAAGAACCUGGAACUUCCACCCGUCCAGCAUCUUCUACGUCUCGUAUCCAGCAUGGACAUAGCUGCACACACUGAGUCGACACUGUACCUUGCGAGUGCACUCAUCAAGUGUGUAUGGAACGUGUGUGCCACAUCCCAGAACCAACCAUCACUAAUCUCCCCACAACAGGGCUUCCGACAGAUACAAAACUCUGAAACCUCCAACUGUGAGAAAUCCAAGUUGUCUUGUGAUGGUAAACAUGAAGUUGGGGAAGUUCAUAGAAAGGAGCCUGGCACUCCUGAGGGUGGGGAUAGUUCUGGCCCAGGAGAGGGCCGACAGAGGCUGAGGCGCCCUCGACAGUCUGAAAGCCAUUCAGAGGAGGGGGACAGCAUUGCGGACAGUGAUGAGGAGACAACCAACCACGAUGAUGAAGUCAUGUCAGGGGAGGGGUGUGGCUGUUGUCACCAUAGCCCACCUCCUGGGGGAAGACAUGCCCACCAUGAACUGCACGAGGAGGAUGCUGAGGGAUGUGGCUGUCAUCAUGGUCACACACCCUCUGGCCACGCUCACCACGAGCUCCACGGGGAGGAGGAGGGGGAGAGUGGAGAAAGUGAAAGCGAGGAGAUGGAGUCGGACGAGUCCAGUGAAGGUCUGGAGGGGAUAGACCUUGGGGCCUAUCAGCAGCAGGCAGCCCUAGAACUUCAUCGAGCCCACAAACACCAUGGGCAUCAUGUGCACAAACAUGCACAUGUUGAGGCGGACACCUCGGAUGAAAUGGACGAAGAUGCUGAAUCUGAUUUUCUUGACUCUGAUGAGGAGGAGGAGGUCAUUAAACAUUCUAAAUAUAAGGGUAUGAAGGGAACCGUUGUGGAGGAACACAGUGACGAGGAAUCUGAGUAUGAGGAUGAUGAGGAAGAGUACCAGCAAGAUUUGCUCGAACAACAGGCCAGGAUCUACGAGGCCCAACAGUUAGCUCUUCGACACAAGAAGCAAUUGGAGAUACGUCGGAAGCAACAGCAGCAACGAGGAAAACGGGGAGAUACAAGCACCAAGAGAGUCACGCUGGUCAAACCAGGCAAUGUGCCGACUGUUGUACAGGACAAACAUUCCCACCCGCAGUCUCCAGUGGAAGCUCAUGAGUCUGAUGUGACAUUAUCUGACAGUCCAAUAGACGCUAACAAGGGGAAGACAGUAGCCAGCCAUGAAGAUACAGAGGUCUAUGACUGUACACACAUCACCAAGACCAGGAAAAGACACAGACACACAGGAGCUGGGUACCGCAGUGAGGAGAUGAGGAGUGCUGAUGAGGGAAGCUGCCACAGUUCGCGACUCAGUAAUAAGUCGGAGAAAAACAUGGCUGACUUUGAUGGUGAGGAUCUCCUCAGUGAUGAUGAGCUGUCGCAGAUCAAUGCACAUGCCCAUCACUUCGGACACCUGUCAUCAAUGGCGUCAAUGUACCACACACAUAUGCCACAUGUGAUGAGCCAGCGUCCCAGCCAGAAGGAGCCCCUAGUUCACAGCAGUACAGUGGCCACAUGCGCCGACUUCAAUUUUGAAGAUGUGUGUAAACUGGGAAAUACUCUGCUGUGGGACCUCGUACAAGAUGAUAAGGCUCCCCUUUUACCAGAAGGUUUAGCUGUAGAUGCAGAGAAGGUUCUACAUAGUCUAGUGUGUGUGUGUACGGACAGACGCAUCAAGAAAAAGUUCAUAGAGGCAUGCAUCGAAAACCUUGCAAACCACAGAUCAGUUGUAGUGUCUCUACGCUUGUUGCCGAAGAUCAUCUACUCGUUCCAGCAGUAUCGCAGUGAAUACAGCUGUCACACGAUAACCCAGUGGGCGGAGCGUGAGUUCCGCAUGAUGGAUCACUUCUUUGUUGACCUCGGUCACUACACUGAAACUUAUCGCCAGCAUGGAACUCCAAGCACCUCACUGUACAGUCACAAGGAUGAAGUCCAGGUGCGACUCAUGUUCCUGGCCGGAGUUUUCUCCUCCACCUGCUCCACAGACAACUUCCGCCUAAACCUGGACCAAGUAGACACCUUAUGGUCAUGCCUAGCCACUGAUGCAAAGUGUUGUGACGACUGGCUUAACUGGGUCCUCAACCAGGCAAAGAGUAAAGACCAUCACGCCCUAGGCCUUGACACAUUUAAACACCUCUUUUUGGAGAAGAUGCCAGGCCUUCGCCCAGAAUCAAUGAGCAUGAUAGGGUUGACACUGUUCCAGCAGCUGUCCAAUCUCUCCCGCAUUGCCAACGCCUCAAGUGAUAAUACCCUCCCAGAGGACAAGAUAAGUGGCAUGGAGCAGUUAUGGGAGAUUGCCCUGCGUGCGUUGAACUCGGACGUGAGUGUUGCAGCAAUCCAAUAUGUGAAUGGCUACUACAUCGGGUUUGGAAAUGGUGUGCUGGAGAAGGAGGAGGAAUUCGUUCACAGAUGCAUGGGCAGCUUGGUACGCGCGCUGGAUAAUGUCCAACAGGAGCCUGAGACCUGCCUGAUGGUGAUUCAGCGGGGCCUCACAUUGAUGCGAAACCACCUGGAGGUGUUCAGGAAGAGGUACGCAUUUCACCUGCGCAACUGGCAGAUCCGAGGG